CCUUGGGCAGACCAAGGUGGUCAAUAAUGAAUAAUAGUCAAGCGCUUCCGGCCUUGGGCUGCUUUCUUCUUUUCUUUUGUUUCUUCUUGUAUAAAAUAGAACCCACUUUUGCAUUAUCCGACAACGAAGCUUCUUAUAUCGCUCGUCGUCAGCUCUUAGCUCUCCCCGAAAAUGGUGAUCUCCCUGAUGGGUAUGAAUAUACAGUAAAAACAACCGAAACUUUCGAAAAUGAAAGGCUUAGGAGGGCUUUCAUCGCUCUUCAAGCCUGGAAAAAGGCUAUGUACUCCGACCCUUUGAACAUCACCAGGAACUGGUUUGGGUCCAAUGUUUGUAGCUACAAAGGUGUGUUCUGUGCUCCGGCAUUGGAUGAUUCCAAUUUGACGGUCGUUGCUGGUAUUGACCUUAACCAUGCCGACAUUGCUGGUUAUCUUCCAGUAGAGUUGGGGUUGAUGACCGACCUUGCAUUGAUCCAUUUAAAUUCCAACAGGUUUUGUGGUAUUAUCCCCAAGAGCUUUUCAAGGCUUACGCUCAUGUACGAAUUUGAUAUUAGCAACAACCGAUUUGUUGGCCCAUUCCCAGAAGUGGUAAUGACAUGGACGAGUGUUAAGUAUCUUGAUAUAAGAUACAAUAAUUUUGAAGGUUGUUUACCACCAGAGAUCUUUGAGAAGGAUUUGGAUGCAUUGUUUUUAAACAACAAUCGGUUCACUUGCUCAAUCCCUGAAACAAUUGGCACAUCUUUGGUCUCGGUGGUGACAUUUGCCAACAAUAAGUUCAAAGGGUGUAUUCCACGCAGCAUUGGGAAAAUGUGGAGAUUGAAUGAAAUUCUUUUCAUGAACAAUGACCUUGGUGGUUGUUUUCCACCAGAAAUUGGAUUGCUUGCCAAUGUCACUAUUUUCGAUGUUAGCUUCAACUCAUUUACCGGUAGUUUGCCUCAAAAUAUAUCGAGCCUGAAGAACAUUGACAUUUUGGAUAUUUCUCACAACAAGUUGACGGGUGCUGUGCCUGAAAAUGUUUGCAAGUUGCCAACCUUGUCUAAUUUCACCUUUUCUCACAACUAUUUCACUGAGGAGCCUAAAGGUUGUAUAUCGCCUGAAAGGAACAACAUCGUGUUGGAUGAUACUGGUAAUUGUGUGGCUGGUCGGAUAAACCAGAAGUUGGAUAAUGAAUGUCAAUCGGUGGUGAGUAAUCCGGUUGAUUGUAGCAAGGAUCAAUGUGUUGCAGGGCCUUCACCUCCUAAGCCUAACCCACCAAAGCCACAGGUUCAAGCUCCUCCAAUGCCGAAGCCACCAGUUCAAUCUCCACCACCACUUGCCCAUUCACCACCACCACCUUUACACUCACCAGAACCACCAAUCCAUUCUCCACCACCGCCUGUCUACUCUCCACCUCCACCAGCACGAUCCCCACCUCCUCCUGUUGUUAAACUUGCACCACCUCCCAAAGUGGAUAUUGUCCUCCCACCAAACAUUGGAUUCCAAUACUCGUCACCACCUCCACCAAUAUUUCCAGGCUACUAAAUAGUAGUAUAGCCUUAAUGCAUUUCUAUUGUAUGUUCUGCCUCUUGGGUAUAGAAGCAAAU